CUACCAUACUUGAAGAUGAAAUGAGUGUGCAUAGCGAUGGAAGUCCUGCUUUUCUUCGAUAUACUUGAACUUGAACAUGAGACGGAGAGAAAAUUCUCCUAGAUGGUAUAUGUGUGAAUGGUAGCAGGGCAGAUUUGUUAAAGUUAGAAAAGAUGAAUUCUGUCUCGGACGCCAUCCAGCAGAAGCACAUCCGGAGCCAGAUUCUCGCAAAGGAGCUUACGCAGUAUCACCAGGUGCGAGCAAACGCAGAAGUGGAUCCUAGGGUACCACAAUGAGAACUGGUUGCAACAAGAGGAUUAGCAAGAAACACUGGCCACUUGAAUGAGAUGAGAGCCUUUAGUUGAGGAAUUAACGUUCCACACCGUUCCUUUUAGGCCAUAGAUAUCUUGCUGUAACAUACAGAAGACUUAAUAAUCCUUUUUCAGUUAAAAGAUGGUCAGAAGCAUUGGACCUGCAGGUCUUGAAUGUCUCCGAUGCUCAAAACGCUGGGAGUCAUGCGCAAGCGCUCGAAGCCCAACUAGCCCAAGAAUCUGCGGCGGCAUGGGGAGGGAGUGCUCCGAUAGAGGUAAUCGACCGCGAAUCGUUUGCUCUCUCCUUCGCCGACGUACACCGCGGUCGAAAGUCGGCGUACGGCAUAGAAUACACGACAAAUUACCAGUAUCGCAGGAAGACUUUGGAAGAGGCGCUCAUAGGCGAUUUGACGAAGCCCAUGGAUGUCAGACAGGCCCUGGGAUAGCAAACAGUGGUCGUCCAGCCUCAUAUGCUCUUUGAGAUACCUCUAUCUUUACUUAUCAAUGCGGGCAGGCGCUGGGGCACCGGAAGGACAGAAUCCAUGAUGGCGGUUUUCCAAUUAGGUUUUUCCACUUUACGAAUGUAGUAGAAGUUGUGACAAACAUGAUUAUUGAUGAGGAAUUCUGUACAGAGCAAAGACAGUGAAGAGGAAAGAGCAACGAAAUAUUCCACACACAAAGUGAAUUAUAUGCAGUACAAACUCCGCCAUGUGAAUGUCGAAACUAUGAAUACUUCAAAUUAAUAAUGAUUUUGUUUGAAGAGGCUUACC